CUACAAGAAGAAGGUUGUAUUAACAAUAUGUGGAUUCCUCUGCUGUGCAUAAUGCUUUUUAACGCUAGGCCCACUCUUGUUCCACUGACUCUCACAUUUGUUUAACCAAACUAGUUUCAGUUUCACAACACAGAUAAAGUGCUGUGUUCUUCCUUCCUACACUCGCACACUCUGUAAAAGAACGUGGAUGUCUAACAUUGCUUCACUUACAGCGUUAGUGAGAGUUUUGUAUAGAGGACGUUCACUAUCAGAAGUACUUUAAAAGAAGACCUCAGAAAACAUAGAGAAUAGUAAAAGGCAGGACCAACGGACGCUCACAGUGGAUUCUUAAAUUCAUAGAACUAAUGGGGACAAUUUCUGGUGACAUCAGAAGACUUCUUGAAGAUUGUGAACUGUUUGUUUCAAACAUUCUGCAAGAUGAGAACCUCAGUGAGCAUGCUCGUGAAACAAGGGAAAUUCUACUGAACAACUUUCGAGUUGUCCACAACAAAAAUCCGCAGGAAUUUCCCUACAGAUCUGAGUUCAGAAAUGAUGACAGUUCAGACGACAACCACAGCUCUAGCCUGGGACGCUCUGCUCCAUCUGAUGAUCUGUCUGUGGCCUCGGACUACCAGGAGGAUGCUGCACCAGAAUAUUUUGGAGAGAUUCCCACAGUGGCAGCACAAGACCUGAGUAACAUUCUAAAGCAAGGAUACCUGGAGAAGAAAAGACGUGAUCACAGUUUCUUCAGCAUGGAGUGGCAGAAAAGGUGGUGUGUCCUGAACAACACCAUAUUCUAUUACUUUGGGAGUGAGAAAGACAAACAGCAGAAAGGCUCCUUUUUCAUUAAUGGCUACAGUGCUGAGCUGGUAUCUAACUUGCGAAAAGACUCCAGGAAAAGCUGCUGCUUUGAGAUGAGUGCUCCGGGAAGACGGUCUUACCAGUUCACAGCCAGCAGUAAUCGUGAGGCCAGAGAAUGGGUGGAUCAGAUCAAUUUUGUCCUAAAAGACUUGAGCUCCAGCUUCAUCCCCUUUGAUGAUGAUGAAGAAGAGGAAGAAGAGGAGGAAGAGGAGACAUAUGAUGACAUUGAGAGAGCGGAGACUCCAACACUGCGUUCCGGCCCAGUCUCUGCAGCCCAGCCUGCAACACCAUCAGCCAGUGCGCCUGAAGAUAGGAGGGACAGGACAGUGGCAGCUGCAGAAGAAGAUGAAGAAGAGGAAGAGGAUAUAUAUGAAGUACUGCCAGAGGAUGACCUCUCAGACCACUCUGAGGAGGGCUGUGACAGGAGCCAAAAAACAGACCCCUCAUCAGAUUAUGCCAAUUAUUAUCAAGGCCUGUGGGACUGUGAAGCAGAAGGGCCUGAUGAGUUGGCGUUUCACAGAGGAGAUGUCAUUUACAUUCUUAGCAAGGAGUAUAACAUCCAUGGCUGGUGGGUUGGAGAACUGGAUGGCGAUAUUGGAAUUGUACCCAAAGAAUUCCUACACCCUGCAUACAUUCUUUAGACCUGCAAAAAUGAUUUAAACUACUUCUAAUGACACAAGAAUUUGCUUUACAGUUGUCAGACAGACAGCUGUCAGGUAAAAAUCACCACAGAGAUUUAUUUGCUGUCUAAUUUGUUCUGCCUGGGUUAUAUACCAUGCUUUCCUCCAAGCCACUUCUCAUUACUUACCGUUAAGCAAGUGUACUUGUGCUACAUAUAAAAAUAUUAAUAAACUGAGAAUGUAUACUGAGCUGGUUUAUAAGGUACGUGAAGAACUAGAAGGUAUUAUAUGCGAACAAACUCUUCCCAAUGAUGACACCUGCUGAAUGAAAGUGUAACUACAGGGGAAAUGUAGAGGCCUCAUGUUUAGUAUCAUUUUUGGCAUGAUGUUUUUUAAAUGUAGUAAAUUUUGACACAAAGUUUGUCGUAUUUUAUUUUAUUUUUUUGCAUUCUGUGCUCUUUAAACAUGAGUCGAAAUUUUCCCCGAAAUUUUCACUACCUUUUUUCUGCUCUCUGUGUUUUUUGUUUUUUUUUUAAUUUCCCUUCUCCACAGUUAUUGGACCCAGAAAGCAAAAGGACGUUAAAUCAACGUUCAUUUUUCCAUCGCAAAUGCAUUGAAACAACGUUGACUGAAGAACUGAUUUAUUUGUGCACACCCAGGUUAUGUUUCAAUGUUUCAACGGUUUUGUAUGAAUGCUUUGUAUUAAACUUUAAGUGUAUUAAAUAUGCA